CUCGGAAAUAUUUCUGCAUUUUGUUUCCCAUAAGUGCGACCACCAUUCAAUUUGAAAAGGAGACUAAUGUGCCGUAGUUGUAAUGAUGGGAUGAGAUUGAGUUUUCGGUUGAUUCGAAAUCGUAGUAAUCGAUGACGUCAAGCGCGUCAACGGUCAGACGACGCCGUCUGUUGCGCGAUGAUGCCGUGAACUCGGGUGGUGCCACAAACUGUGAUUUGUAUAAGAUGGAGCUUGCCUUGGGAGAAUGGGCUAAGGCAGAAGAAUCUGGCUUGCAUGUCGGUCUGAUUAGGUCUUGUGAAACCCCUGUAUCGAAAACACGAAGCAACAGGGCUCGACACGCAGCACGCUCAGUAUGACAUCCGUGAAUGACGAUAUCAAGAAGAAUGGCUGGGAUGCCUGUCCACUCAAUCCCGCCAAAGUCCUCAAGGGCAAGUCGUUCCUUCACGAGCCCAAGUCACUCCCGGUGGACGACAUCCCGUUUCCAUCGGACGAUCCGGUCGUGGCCAAGGCUCAGGAGUACGCAAAGGCGAAGCUGCCAGAGCAGACAUAUAACCACUCGAUGAGGGUCUACUACUUUGGCACGACCAUCUUGAAGCAACAAUUCGCCGACCAAUGGGGCACAUUGUCACCCUCGACAUUCGCGCUGACGUGCCUCCUCCAUGACAUCGGGACGACGGACGAGAACAUAGCAGCAACGCGCAUGUCGUUCGACUUGUACGGCGGCAUCGUGGCGCUCCGGGUGUUGCAGGAAUGCGGCGCCUCCAAGGACCAGGCCGAGGCGGUCUGCGAGGCGAUCAUCCGACACCAGGACAUCGGCGGGGACGGCAGCAUCACGUUCCUGGGACAACUGAUCCAGUUGGCGACGAUUUACGACAACGUCGGGGCGCACCCGGAAGUGCCGGAGCUGGGGGAGAUGAUCCACGAGGAAACGCGGCGGGCGAUCAACGAGCGGUUCCCGCGGUUGAGGUGGCUCGUCUGCUUUGCUGAGGUGAUUCGGCGGGAGGAGGGCGCCAAGCCGUGGUGCAAUUCGACGCGGAUCCCGGAGUUUGAACGGAUGGUGUUGGGGAACGAGUUGAUGAUGCCGUUUGACUAGAGGUCUUGGCCAUGACUUAUGAGGUGGAGGGAUCAGGGAGGAGACGAGCCGUUUUGGAGGAGAACCUCAGAUUGUCAAGGUGUCUGAUGAUAUGAGUUGGGGGUGAGAUAUCUGGGAAUUAUGAUAAUCAGCGAGUCGCUGGUACGGCCUAUCCGGUAAGAUUGGAUUGAUUGAGACGAUGUGGUCACUCCUUUUGGCCUUCGUCGUUGUCGUUGUCGUGGAUAUAAGGCUGGAGAAAAGCGGUCUUUUGUGGAGUGGAGAGGCCAGGUCCACCAGAUCCACCCUAGGUACCUACGUUGUACACUGUAUGUAUGUAUUCUGGACUUAUGACGAUCCGAGUGGGUC